CGCGGUGACGUAGCGGAGCAAAGGCCGGCCGCGCGCCACUCGGGGCGGGGCUGCUGCGCGAGGCGUGCGCUGUGUGUCAGGAUGGCGGCCGCCUGUCAGGCUCGGCUCUCACUGCAAGGCCGGUGCGCCAUGAAGGCCUACGCGAUUAUGCUGCUGGUGUUCCUGGACCUCUGUCUCAAAUCGGUUAACGGGUACCUGAGUUCCCCCCCUGUUAGUCAGGAGCCCCCCUCCAGCCAAGUUGCCCAGCAAAGCCCAGUCAUCACAAGCCCUGUGACGCCAUCAUCUGUCCCCACAACUACCCCUGCUGUAACUAGUUACGUGUUCAAGUGUCCAAGCAGGGGUCUGUGCAGUAAGUUGCCUCCAGAUUGUGUCAACUGCACCUACCACACAAACUGCACCUAUGGCAAGCCAGCGUCCUUCUCCUGCACUGCAAAGAGUGGCGUCCACUGCCUGGGGGAAUCGGGCCAGCGGCAGACCAGCUUCAACCUGAACGUGACUUGCCAAUUCUGCUGGCAGCUGGACCCCUCCCAAUACCGGUGCUCCAACUCCAACAACUGCAUGACUGUGUCCUGUCCCCGCAAGCGUUACACAGCCACCUGCACAGUCAUGGAGCACGUGCACUGUAUAGGGAAUAGGGAGUUUUCCAAACGAUUGUUCUGCAACUGGACAGGAGGCUACAAGUGGUCCACCGCCCUGGCACUCAGCAUCACAUUGGGUGGAUUUGGGGCAGACCGCUUCUACCUGGGUCAGUGGCGGGAGGGCCUUGGGAAGCUGUUUAGCUUUGGUGGCCUGGGGAUAUGGACCUUGAUAGAUGUACUACUGAUUGGAGUGGGAUAUGUGGGACCAGCGGAUGGCUCCCUCUACAUUUAAGUUUUUACCCUCCCUCAGCCCCGCCACCACCACCCUUUUGGACUCUAAUCACCUCCACCAACAUGCAACCAUUCACAUGCGCCUUCCUGUCCAAACACCCACUGCAGCAGACUCCAGUCCCAUCUGCCGUGGGAAAAUGCGGCAUUAUGGGAAAUCUGUUACACUGGGCCUACUCAUUCCUCAGCAUGCCUUCCUUUCUCCCCACUGUGUGUCCCCCACCAUGGAGUGAGGAGGUGGAGCACCCUGGUGCGAGGUUAGCCGGAAUCCGUGGGUCGGAGACUGUCGGACGCCGAUUCACCGGGUGCCGUGCGUAGGGUCGCUAGCUUGGGUGGGGGUGACGGAGGUAGCAGGAGGUGUCCCUGAAAAUGAGCACUGAAGAUGGCUGAACUGCACUAGAUGCAUGGAACGGUGGGCGGUGGACAGGAGGUAUCCAAGUUGGCAGCUGGAAGCAGUCAAAAUGGAAAUCUUGGAUACGAGAUGCAGUUUUUGCCCCGUGGAGUUGUUAGUCACAAUCCUCUCUGGGAUUUGAGACAACAGGAUGGUUCUUCAGACUGUUAUGGGCAGAAAAUGCUCUUCUUUUUAUUUUGUUAGUUGGUGAAUUUUCCCACAUCAAGGUAUUUGGCGAAGACAGUUUUGGACCUUCCAGCCAAGCAGCCCAUUUUCUAACACAUAACGGUUGUGGCAUUAUGCUUUUCACUGUUAAGUUUUUGAAAGUGCAACAAUCUUUGAUGUGAUUUACAAGCAUCUGUGUAAAAUUUAGUGGAAUGAUAGCAAAGAAGGAUAAAUGUGUUAUUGAGUCUGUUGUCCAGUGCAUGACUUAGUAACUUUGUUUUCCUCAAGAUCUCACCUUUAUAUAUAAAAGUACUGGAAAUGAAAAUUUUGAGUUUUUCUACUCGUGUUAAAGACUUCUGGGAAGUCUAAUGUACAGAAUUUAACUUAUGUUUUUCCUUUUUAUUUGCCUGUUUCCUUUUAAAGUUGUUAUUUUUUUGGCUAUGAAGCUGUCUGUGCUUAUUCUCCAUUCAUUCAUUGGUACAAAGCCACGUGUCAGUAAAGUGGUUUUUAUCAAGCAACUAUCCAGUGUUGAUUUUUAUCUGGAGAAACUCAAUUAAAUUUGAUUCCCCUCCCAGUACUUCAUCAGGUUUUCUUAUCUUAAUUUAUUUUGAACUGGAUUUUGGUCAAAAUAACUGUAGUGUUUGAGUGUUUGUUUUGAAUUAGAAGUUUAGCCAGAAAUCGCUGGAAAGAAAUCUGUGUAGCUUUUAUGACUUAAUUUGGGAGUUAUGUGGGGAAUGUGACUUCACCGAGGUGAGUUUCUAGAGCAGCUUCAAGUAACUUCUCAUCACUUAGGCAAAGAACUUUGUGUGUAUCUCAGGAUUGUUUCUCUAAUGAACAUUUGCAUACAUUUUCGACUAAUUCCACUUCACAACUGGUUGGGGUUAUGCAUAGUAAUACUACUGUACCGAAUGCUUCACUUUGUUCUGGAACUUCCUCCCGGUUUGUUAAUCCAUUUCAGGAAAAUAUUCUCUGUACAAAUUAUAAAUAAAGCCUGAAAAUGA